AUGGCUUUAUUCUUUAUUUUGGAAUUAAAGGAACUUCUCGAAAUGUUGGCCAAUUACAGAGGUGAUACUCCUCUACAUUUAGCUGUCAGUGGUGGAAAUCUCGACAUAGUGAAAUUGUUAUUACAAAGAGCAGAUAUAGAUCCAAGUAAAGAAAAUGAGUACAGAGGUGAUACUCCUCUACAUUUAGCUGUCAGUGGUGGAAAUCUCGACAUAGUGAAAUUGUUAUUACAAAGAGCAGAUAUAGAUCCAAGUAAAGAAAAUGAGUACAGAGGUGAUACUCCUCUACAUUUAGCUGUCAGUGGUGGAAAUCUCGACAUAGUGAAAUUGUUAUUACAAAGAGCAGAUAUAGAUCCAAGUAAAGAAAAUGAGUACAGAGGUGAUACUCCUCUACAUUUAGCUGUCAGUGGUGGAAAUCUCGACAUAGUGAAAUUGUUAUUACAAAGAGCAGAUAUAGAUCCAAGUAAAGAAAAUAAGUAUGAAGACACUCCCUUACACGCAGCUGCUGAAGGUGGAUUCAUCAACAUUGUUAAAUUGUUAUUAGAAAGAGCAGAUAUAGAUCCGAAUAACGAAACUAGGAAUGGGUAUACUCCCUUGCACAGAGCUGUCAAAGGUGGAUUCAUCAACAUAGUUAAAUUGUUAUUAGAAAGAGCAGAUAUAGAUCCAAAUAAAACUGACAAGUAUGGUGACACUCCCUUACACGCAGCUGCUGAAGGUGGAUUCAUCAACAUUGUUAAAUUGUUAUUAGAAAGAGCAGAUAUAGAUCCGAAUAAAGAAAAUAGGAAUGGUUAUACUCCCUUGCACAGAGCUGUCAAAGGUGGAUUCAUCAACAUAGUUAAAUUGUUAUUAGAAAGAGCAGAUAUAGAUCCAAAUAAAACUGACAAGUAUAUGGGUGAUACUCCUCUACAUUUAGCUGUCAGUGGUGGAAAUCUCGACAUAGUGAAAUUGUUUUUACAAAGAGCAGAUAUAGAUCCAAGUAAAGAAAAUAAGUAUGGUGACACUCCCUUACACGCAGCUGCUGAAGGUGGAUUCAUCAACAUUGUUAAAUUGUUAUUAGAAAGAGCAGAUAUAGAUCCGAAUAAAGAAAAUAGGUAUACAGGUGGUACUCCCCUACAUUUAGCUGUCAGUGGUAGAAAUCUCGACUUAGUGAAAUUGUUUUUACAAAGAGCAGAUAUAGAUCUGAGUAAAGAAAAUAAGGAUGGUGACACUCUUUUACACUCAGCUGUUGGCGGUGGUCACCUCACUAUACUUCAAUGGUUAUUAGAAAGAACAGAGAUCGAUCCAAAAAGCGUAAAUAAGGAUGGUGACACUCUUUUACACUCAGCUGUUAGAGGUAAACACCUCAACAUACUUCACUUGUUAUUAGAAAGAACAGAGAUCGAAACAAACAGCGUUAAUAAGGAUGGUGACACUCUUUUACACUCAGCUGUUAGAAGUGGACACCUCAACAUACUGCAAUGGUUAUUAGAAAGAACAAAGAUCGAUCCAAAUAGCGUAAAUAAGAUCAACGAUGACACACCCUUACACACGGCUGUUAGAAGUGGAAACCUAAAUAUGGUUCAAUUUUUAUUAGAAAGAAGAGAUAUUGAUCCAGAUAAAGUCGAUAAGAUCAACGGUGACACUCCUUUACACACAGCUUUUAAAGAUCAAAACCUGAAAAUGGUUCAAUUGUUAUUAGAAAGAAAAGAUAUAGAUCCUGUUAAAGUAAAUAAGCACAAUAAGACACCAAUCGAUGUUUUUGAGGCACGAGAUUGGAUUCUAGAAAUAGAUAACCAAAUAAAAAAAGCAAUGAAAGAACUAUUUCAGGUAAAUUUUCAUGGUUAUCACAUUUAUACAUAG